AUUGUUUCCAGAGGGCUGCUGCUUGUAUCCUUGGUAUGUGAUGUACUUUUGCAUGUUUAAGUUCUAAAUGGAUUGUUUUUUGUUCUGUUUUUAGUCUGCCGGCGGUAACUUGAGCAUUUCUUGGUGUUAACGACUGUUACAGAGCGUUUGACCUUAAUAUAGACAGUAGACACACUUGCUAACAGGUGCUUUAGCCAGGUGAAUGUUGGGAGUUCGAGCCCUGUUUGGAAUCGGUCUUCUUGUGACAUCACGAGGAGGCUCUGUCCUGACCCAUACAGGAGCAUGUGCACGUAUUGCCAGUAAUAUCUACAGUAAAGAUCUCACUCACAGACAGGUUUGCACUAUGGCCAAUACAAUCAAGUACUUGGGGCAAGAAGAGGCUCAGCACAUUGACGAGGAGCUCUUCAAUGAGUACAGCUUCAGUGUGGAUCAGUUAAUGGAGCUGGCCGGUCUGAGCUGUGCCACAGCUGUCUCAAAGGGCUAUCCUCUACAAUCACUGCUCAAGAGUCCACCCAGAAUUCUGGUGAUCUGUGGGCCAGGAAAUAAUGGAGGAGAUGGGUUGGUUUGUGCUAGACAUCUCAAACUCUUUGGAUAUGAGCCUUCUGUAUUGUACCCAAAGCGCCCCAGCAAACAGCUGUUUCAGAAUCUUACCACCCAGUGUGAGAAGAUGGAUAUAUCCUUCCUGACAGAGAUGCCUGAGGCUGACAUGAUUGAUGAAGUGUAUAAUUUGGUGGUGGAUGCCAUCUUUGGAUUCAGUUUUAAGGGUGCGGUGCGAGAGCCAUUCGGUGACAUCCUCUCCCAACUAAAGAAAAUCUCUGUGCCCGUUGCUAGCGUUGACAUACCUUCAGGUUGGGAUGUGGAGAACGGCUGUCCUGAUGGGAUUCAGCCUGACAUGCUCAUCUCCCUCACGGCCCCUAAGAAAGCAGCCCAUCACUUCAAAGGACGCUACCACUUCCUGGGAGGACGAUUCGUUCCUCCUGCACUUGAGCAGAAGUACCAGCUGAAUCUGCCCCAAUACCCCGGCACUGACUGUGUUUAUCAGCUGAACUGAGACUUAAGUCCUUCAAGUCAUUUUUGUGUCACUAAUUAAAAAGAAAAAAACCCUGGGUUAUAACUUUGAUUUGCCACUCAGAAUACGUUUUCCACUUUUCUCGUAAUUGGUAGAUAUGGACUUGAUUAAUCGGCAUUGUUACAGAAUGUCACUCUAAUCACUUUAAUUAGUUAUGUAUGAAUUUAUAAAAACAUCAAAUAAAUAAAUCAUUAUUUACUGCAAGUUUUUGAUGGUUAUGGAUUUAAUGACUAGGCCUGAACAAUUGCUGCAUUAUUGGUUUGUGUUUAAAUAUAAUAAUGUUACAUGUUUAAAUAUGGAAACAUGUAUCAUAAAUGGCAUAAAAAUACAAAAAUAAAUAAAUAAAGCUAUAA